CAUCUAUCCUCUCUGUUUCUCUCUCUCGCUCUCUCCCCCUCUCUCUCUGUCUGAGCUCACAGCGUUGUCAGAGGGUAAAAAACAGCUUUUCAUUAGACGCAGCGGAUCAUAUGUGUACCGAGGAGCGACGAUGGCGCGAGCAUCCCAGCUGAGUGUUGUGCAGCGGGCCUGAUUGGAGUGGGUGUGGAUACGCUCGCGCGCGUCGAUGGGCGCCCCCGUCGCCACUUAACAGCCGAGACCGCGCGGACCUCCCGGAGGGGGGGGGGGGAGGAGUAAACAAACCGGAGGCAGGGGAGGCGAAGCUCCAGCGGAGUCCUCCUCAGGGGAGAGGAGGGGACCCAGGACCCGGGACCCAGGAGGAACGACCGCUACCCACGCGCAGAACCGUACUGGGAGUUCCUCAGCUCAGACUCCAGCCCAGCGGAGACCUGCCUCGCCUGGGGGGAAGUCUUGCCUUUCAGAAGAACAGAGAGGCAGUGACCGGAGGAGAGCAGGGCUUGCUGCCACAGACUCAUCCGGGGCCAGGACUUCUGCCACAACGUACCCGGGAUUCCGUGUCGGAUACGCAAGCUUAAGGUAUACUGGCUGACAACAAACAUUGCUCAUCUUCAGCCGGCACCAACAAGUAGAAGAGAAAACAGGGACCAUGCCUGUGUCUUGUGGAACCCAACUUUGUAGCCCGACCCAGAGGACCUGAAACGGGGUCUCUGCUUGUCACCAUGCUGUUUCCACGGCUGUGAUUGACUUUGAGAAACCCCCCUAUUUUUGCGAAUAGCUCUUUGCCCAAGCCCGCUUGCCCUCCCCCACUCAAACAGUCCCUUUCUCUCUUUACCUACUUCUUUAGACAGGCAGCUGUCACUCAUCCCCUUUCCAUAAAUAAUGGCAAGCUUGUUCCGUAUCCCUGCCCGUCCCAGUCCUGCCGCCUCCCCUCUUCUCCUCUCCUUCCUCCUCCCCCUCCUCCUGUUCCUCCACCUUCCCUUGCUGGUGCGGGCGGAAUGCUGGCUCAUCGAAGGGGACAAGGGAUACGUGUGGCUGGCCAUCUGCAGCCAGAACCAGCCCCCUUACGAGACCAUCCCCCAGCACAUCAACAACACGGUGCACGACCUGCGGCUCAACGAGAACAAGCUGAAGGCCGUCUUCUUCUCCUCGCUCAGCCGCUUCACCAACCUGACCGACCUCAACCUCACCAAGAACGAGAUCGCUUACGUCGAGGACGGGGCCUUCGCCGGGCAGGCCAACCUGCAGGUGCUGCAGCUGGGCUACAACAAGCUGACCAACCUGACGGAGGGGAUGCUGAGGGGUCUGGGGCGGAUGCAGUGCCUCUUCCUGCAGCACAACCUGAUCGAGGUCAUCGCCACCAACGCCUUCUGGGAGUGCCCCAGCCUCAGCAGUUUAGACUUGUCCUCCAACAAGCUGGCCCGCCUGGACCCCUCCACCUUCACCAGCCUGACCCGGCUGAUGGUGUGCGAGCUGGCGGGAAACCCCUUCCACUGCGGCUGCGAGCUCUACAGCUUCCUCACCUGGCUGGAGUCCUUCAACAACAUCACCCGCACCUACGACCGGCUGCAGUGCGAGACCCCCCGCGAGUUCUUCGGCUACCCGCUCCUGAGCCCCGUGUCGGGACACGGACACAACGCCCGCACCAUCUUGUUCUCCAUGUGCCGGGACGGAGUGAUCAUCCCCGGCAUGACUUCCCUGCCGCCGGACGGCGAGUCCUCGGGCCUGGGCCCGGAUAUGUCUGACCGCGUGGGGCCCUACCACCAGCCCACCACCUCCUCCACCACGGAUCCCAGCUACAGCCCCAGCAUCAAGCUGCAGCACGUCUCCCUUUCCACGGCCUCCCUGCUGGUGCAGAUCCCCCGGCCCUUCAGCAAGAUGUACAUCCUGGUGCAGUACAACAACAGCUAUGUCUCUGACGUCAUGAACCUGAAGAACAAGAAGGAGCUGAUCACGCUGAACAACCUCAGGGCCCACACCAACUACACCUUCUGUGUGGCCUCCAUACGCAACUCGCAGCGGUACAACCACACCUGCCUGCACUUCGGCACGCGCAUGCUGAACCCAGACGACCUGAGACCCAGCCCCUCCACCACCACGCACUACAUCAUGACCAUCCUGGGCUGCCUGUUCGGCAUGCUGAUCGUGCUGGGGCUGGUCUACUACUGCCUGCGCAGGCGUCGCAUGGAGGAGGAGAAGCAGAAGUCCAUCAGCGUCAAGAAGACCAUCCUGGAGAUGCGGUAUGGGCCGGAGGCGGCGGCCGCUGCCGCCAACGACCCCGCGGCCGUGCAGAAGCUCCACGAGCAGGCGCACCACCAGCACCACCACAGCAAGCUGCCCCCAUCCUCGUCCUCCAGCUCUGGGAUGCUGCAAGGCUCGGCUAACACCAGCUCCUCCCGCCUGUCCUCCAUCCCUCAGGUGGAGAAGAUGGCCACGGCCUUUUCGGAUGCUGCAGCUGCCAACAAGGGGAACUACAUGGACGUGCGGACCUCGGUGUCCGGGGAGGACCGGAGCAGAGAUGGAGGAGGGACACCAGGGUCAGGGGAGGACGACCAAAGGGAGGAUGAUGGGUCGGAUGUUGGAGAGGACUCCGAUGACGAUGGUCGGGGUUCCGCAUCUGAGAUCUCCACCAUUGCCAAGGAGGUGGACAAAGUCAACCAGAUCAUCAACAACUGCAUAGAUGCGCUCAAACUGGACUCUGCAGCCGUGGCGGCGGCAGCUGCAGCAGCCGCUACCACCACCACAGAUAACCCCACUUCCCCCCCUCCCACCUGCAUCACCUCCGUACCCAGGGGGCUCAUCCCCCUCGCCGCCGGCAUCACGGAGGCAUGCCAAAUCCUGGCGUCUCCCAAAAUGCCCCAUCCUCCCCCGAUGCCCCUGGUCUUGCCUCUCUCUGAAAGGCCUGGGAUCAGCGGCGGAGGGUUCCUCUCCCCCCCAUACCGGGACCCUCCCCCUGCCACGGCCGCCCGGCCCCUGCAAAGGCAACUGAGUGCGGAUGCGGCGGUGGUCGUCCUGGGCCCCGGCAAGAACCGCUGCGGCAACUCUGCUGGCGGGGCCAUCAAGAGCACUCGUGUCUUCAGCCUGGAUGUCCCGGAGCCCCGAAGUCCCGAUUCGUGCAAAUACCCGGAGAAGGGGAGCCCCGCAAGGUGUGGGGAGCCUCUGGAGCGGCUCCCACUGGUGGGGGGUCCGAGCAACGGAGGCGGCGGUGGCGUCAGCAACGGUGGCGGAGGAGGCGGAGGAGGGGUCGUAGCAGGGACGGGGACGCAGCACCUGGAGGUGCACCCGGACUACCACUGCUCGGAGCACCGGCACUCCUUCCCGGCCCUCUACUACGAGGGCGCCGCCGACUCCCCCACCCAGAAGGCCUCUUUCCUCAAGCCUCUGACCCGCUCCAAGAGGGACGCUGCCUCCUACUCCCAGCUCUCCCCGCGCCACCACAACUACUCGGGUUACUCCUCCAGCCCCGAGUACUCCUCCGAGAGCACGCUCAGGAUCUGGGAGCGCUUCCGUCCCUACAAGAAGAGCCCCCGGGAGGAGGCGUCCUACAUAGCCGCCGGCCACGCCCUGCGCAAGAAGGUACAGUUCGCCAAGGACGAGGACCUGCAUGACAUCCUUGACUACUGGAAGGGCGUCUCUGCGCAGCAGAAGCUGUGAGAAACACAUGGUCUUAAAAGUGCCCCCUGAAGACAAACUUAUGUGAUUACAAGCAGAAGGAGUGGAGCCAAACAUCUGUGAACUGUGAAAAAAUGAACGAAUCGAAACAUUACCGUCCUUACUGUUGGAUUUAUCUAUUUACUUAUUUAUUAAUUUAUUCAUUCAUUUAUUUAUGUUGUGCAAUAAUGGCAAAUGCCAUUUUAAACAUUUUUUUUUGUUGUCAGAGGGACGAAAGUGACGAAGACACAGUCGCCGCUGCUGAAAGGAGAGUUGUCUCGCACUUUGCUUGUAUGUGAAGGGGCUCCCCGCCAGCCCCGGAUUAUCGCGGGGGGGGGGGGGGGAUCCCGUACUCGCUCGAUUGAACUCACGACGCCAGUAAAUCCUGUUCUGGAGGAACCGGGCCACAAGACCGCUUUUUCGCUCGCUCUCCUGCUCCAGGGUCCGGGGGGGCUGUCUGUGAAAACCCGGCCUUCUCGGAGAUUCGGAGCGCGCGCAGCUUCGAGUGAAGCAUGCUGGGACUGAGCCAUAGCCACGUGGUUAGGCCAAUAGAAAAGAACGGGUGGGUGAGGGGUAGUCUCACUGGUCAUAAUAGGUGUCUGAUCCUACCAUUGAUUGGUUGCUUCCGGUUGCAGGUUACCAAUGGUUGAAAAGGUUGAAAAAGUAGAGUUGUGAGAGAUGAUGCAUAUUCAGCCUUGGGUAUCUGGGUACUUUGUUUGUCCAAUCGGUGCUCUGACCUGGUUGUAUCUGUCUAGCCAAUUCAUUGCACUUAUCAAUCAGAACAUAUGAACGCACAAUGACAAGAACAGGCCAUUCAGUCCAUCUAUGGUGGCCAUUUACGUACAAACCAGAGAGUAUCCGUCACUGUACCAAGGCUGGACUUGGCAGUUGUGUUACCCUUCAGGCAUCACUUAGCUGUCAAAAGGGAAAAUGUAUCACUCCUCAAGUAAGAAAGAGAAACGGGAUGUCAAGAUAAAAUCGGAAGGGGGGGAGGGGGGAGGGGGGUGGCGGUUUCGGGGUUGUUUGUCGGAAGGCUAACGGCCAGCGCGGGCGACCAGCGGACGCGUGUCACAUGAUCCCGGGUGAUCGAUCACUCAACGCAGUUGCCCGGGGGCGGGGAAGUAAAAGCCGGGGUAACUUUAAUUGCCCUUCCUGUCGCCCAACAUGGCCUGUGGCGUGCGGAGCCCGAGCCCACUUAACGAGCGGCUGCCAGGUUGAGGUUUGACAGGCGCUGUCAAGCCUCAACGGGAGGGGAACGCUGACUGACUCGCGGUUCGGUGACAGCCACGGUUUGAUGGAAAAGCAGAGGGGGUCGAAACCACUCCCUGACCACCC